AUGGACAACCAUGAUACACACAUAACCCCCAAUUCACAAUCUAACUCACACAAAACAUUCGCGGAAACAACAGCGAACUCAUCCUUUCCAAAAAAAGACCAAGCAAUUAUCUUCAAUACAGUAAAUGACGUCCCGCAAAUCGAGUACAUCAAAGCAUUCAGCCAACUUACAUCGCCUAAUAACAUAAAAUUCGCUUCACGAAUAUCCAACAAUAGAUUCUGCAUUUAUUUUGCUAGUAAGAGUAUCGUUGACCAUAUUAUCUCAAAACAAUCGUAUAUCGUUAUAAAUAACACGCAAAUCGCUUAUCGUCGGCUCAUUAGCCCGGCAAAACGAAUCAUCAUAUCCAAUGUGCAGCCAUCUAUACCUCACGACAUAAUUAUAAAAGCUAUUAACAAUAGCCUCAUUAAAAUAUUAUCUCCCAUUACAUUUAUGAAAGCCGGUUUCUCAAACGAUGAAUACGGUCACAUAGGCAGUUUUCGACGACAAGUAUAUUUACAUCCCGACGAUAUCCAUAGACUACCGAGUUCAUUAUUAAUUAAUUACGAUCAAACCGAUUAUCGCAUAUUCUUCUCGGACGACACCGUGUUAUGCUAUAUCUGCAAACAAACUGGUCACACCUCAAACCACUGCAAAAAAGAUUUGGAUAAUACGAUCUUAACUAAUAGCAAUAUCCCUCCUCCGCCGGAAAACAAAGAAAUCGAAAAAGAUAAUAACUCACAAAAUGAUCAAAAUAUCAUGGACCAUACUAACAUAAAUCAUAGUAUCGAAAACAAUUAUCAACAAUCUGUCAACAAGCUGACUCCCCUUCAAGAACCAGCUGACCACAUUAAAAGACCUAUCUCAUCAUACGCCAGCACCAGCGACACCGACAAUGCAUCCACCACUGAGAACCCUAUAAACACGUCACCAACAACACCUACGGAAACUCAAAACCAUCAAACCAAUAAUAGCAUCCUCACAACAAAGCUAUUAGAAUCCCAAUCCAACGAAAAAAAAAAAACAAAUGCAGGAAUAACACAUAAUACACCCCUAACACCAAUUAAGAGCACAAAUAUAAGCAAGCCUACCACCGAAAAAUCCAAGAAAAAUCCUCAACCCGCCAACAAAAAAAUUAAACGCUCCAACUCCAUAGAACUAAUAGUAGCUAAACUGGACGAAACACUAGCCCCAGCCAUAACUGUUUUUGAAGGAAUCCCCAACCGUAAAAUAGACUUCAAUCAGCUCAAAUACAUUAUUGAAAACUCCCUCAGCGUGGAUCAUCCCUCUAAUAUUCUAAACCAAUUUAACAUAACCCCGAUGGAAAUGAUUGAAAUAUUAGACACGAUUCGUCCGAAAAUAAAAAACCUCUCGAUUAAAAACAGGCUCACGAGACUAUGUAACUCAUAUCUCGAGUCAUUAUGA